CUGCUUUUCCCGCCAAGAAGAAGACUGAGGAUGAGGAGCUGGUGAGGAAGAAGCUGCGGUUUGAUGAUGGAAACUAAAUGAUUCAGAUCUUUUUGUUUCUGCUGCUUUCGAAAAGCAGAGAUUAUUUUUCUUCCAGUGAUAAAAAGGACCGAGUCCGAACCACAGACAGUUUCCGGUUCUGAAGCAGGUUUUCAAAGAUGGCAGAAAAGAAAGCAGCUUUGAGCCGCAGAUUGUAGGAAAUAAUGAGCGAGUCUGAGAGGCCAGCCGGGCCGGAGCGGAGCGGAGCCCCGGAGCACAGCCGGACCUGGAGCCUGGGCUCCGGCGGUCCGAGGGGGAGGCUGCCCUCCCUCAGAACCAGAGACCUGACGCUAGGGGGCGCACCAAGGAAGGCCAAGAAAACCUGGGAGCCCAACGUCCACGCCGUGAGGAGGAGCAGAGAGGAGUUGCGAGCCCAAUUCCCAGCGGCUCCUAAGAAGGAGAAGACUGAAAGAAGCUGGAAGAGAAGAGAGAGCCGAGGAGGGAGGAGAAGCCGACCUCAGACCAUCCAGUCCCACUCCAUCUUUGAACACCAUCCUGCCUCCUCCAGCUUCAAAACAGGCCGAUCCGGUACCAGAAGUUUCCAGAACUCCUCCUCAUCUCCUGGCCGGCUGGUGAAGAAGGAAGGAGAAGCUUCAUGGGAGGAUGAAGGUCGUCUUCUCAGCAGGCUGCAGCGAGAUGAUUUCCUGGUAGAUCCAGAGCUGAGGAACGAUUCCAGCCUGCAGCCCGUCAGCCUGCCUCAGUACCGACCCAGCAGCAUCUCCAUGUCCACCGCCUCAGGUCCAGAACCGGCGCCGUCUCGAGGAGCAGAGCUCCGGACCGCGCCGUCCGAACCUCCUGAGCAGCCGUCUCUGGUGAAGAAGCUGCAGGACCUCAGUGUGGCUGAAGGAGAGCAGAUAUUCUUCAUGCAGUUCCCAGACGGCCUCCCUGCUGCAGAGGAAGCAGCUCAUGGAGGAAGAUCAGAGAAGGAAGGGAAGCUCCUUCAGCUCCAUCAGCUCCCUGAAGGAUUUCUGGGGAAACUGCAGAUCAGGAAAUCUGGGAAGGUUGAGCUGAAACUCGGAGAUGUUCUCCUGGACGUGUCAGAGGGAGCAGCUUUCUCCUUCCUGCAGCAACUGGUGUCGGUCCGUCUGACUGCUGGGAGGACUGGGAACCUGGUGGUGCUGGGAAACGUCCAACACAAGCUGGUUCUCUCUCCUGACUUCCAGUCCUUACUGGAUCAGGCAGCAGCAGCUCAGCCGUGAGGCCCGGUGGAGCCAGGACUGUUCUGGACCAGCAAUCCCUCUGAGGACCAUGUUUUAUACCUUUAACUUAUUCAAUAAAUGGAUUUCAUUAUUCUGAUCCAC